AUGUCCGAUCCAUGGUCACGAAGACAGAUCGAGAUCGUGUCGGGACUUUCGGCAGGCUUCGCCACCACCAUAAUAACCCAUCCACUUGAUCUUAUAAAGGUGAGGCUUCAGCUCUCGACGUCGCCAUCAUCUCGGCCAUUUGACUCACUCCGAAACGUCAUCUCUGGCAUAGUCCAAGAUGCCCGGGCCGCAAGAUCGGCCGCAAUUCUACAAAGACCCCAAAUAUACUAUCUCUUUCAGCAGUGCUACCGGGGAGUUGGUCCGAACUUGGUUGGAAACGUUUCUGCAUGGGGUCUCUACUUUGCACUUUACUCUGAGUUCAAGCAGUUCAUGCCAACUGCUGAUGGAACCACAAAGUACUUCACGGCAUCUACACUCGCUGGAAUAUCGACGUCUGUCUUAACAAACCCGAUCUGGGUGGUGAAGACACGUAUGUUGAGUACGUCCAAUAGAGCCACUCACUCAUACAAGUCUGCAUUGGAUGGAAUCCGGCUGAUCUACCAUAAGGAGGGAAUCGCAACAUUUUGGAGAGGAACAUUACCUUCGUUGUUUUCAGUUUUCCAGGCCAGUUUGCAUUUCACCUUCUAUGACCAUGCGAAGAACUACUUGAUGGAGAAACUGAACUCCACGAGCCUUUCCACCUUGCAAUACAUAUAUGCAUCAGUAGCAUCCAAGACACUUAGCAUGGCAAUCUGGUAUCCAACGCAAGUUGUUCGGUCAAGACUUCAGAGCUAUAAUUUUGAUGGGGAACGAAGAAGCUUGGUACUGGUAAUAACGCAGAUCUACAAGAAUGAACGUGGCUGGAGAGGAUUCUACCGUGGGCUUGGUGCCAAUAUUGUCAGGGUGCUUCCCUCGACCAUCAUCACGUUUGUUUCGUACGAAACUACCAAAAGUUAUUUAUCGGAGGCAUAG